AUGGAUAGUAGUGGAAAACAAAAUGUAAGUGAGGUUGAAAGUAAAGAAGGAAGUGAAACAAAUCAGGAAGAUGAUAGUGAUUAUUGGGUGGAUGAAGAUAAUGUAAUUAAAGAAAAAAACAGCGAUAUUAAACUAAAUCCCAUGGCGACAUUGGAGGUGAAGCUUAUACAAGCACACGCUCUGACUAAUAAAGAUCUUAUUGGGAAAUCUGAUCCAUAUGCCAAGAUGUAUAUAGGCCCUGAGCGUGGUAAAACACAAUCCAGCAAAGUUAUUGACAAUGAUUUGAAUCCCAUUUGGAAUGAACAUUUCGAGUUUGUAGUUGAAGAUACUUCCACCCAACACUUGGCAGUAGAAAUAUAUGAUGAUGAUGGGCUUCAAGCUUCAGAAGUCAUUGGUUAUGCUCGAGUAAAGCUCAGUGAACUCGAGCCUGGUCAAGUGAAGGAUGUGUGGUUAAAGCUGGUAGAAAAUUUGGAGGACCCUAAAGAAAAUGAAGACCAAGGAAUGGUGCGCUUGGAGCUCUUAUAUUGCCCAAAUGGUGUGAGAGCAUUGUUUCUCAAAGAUGGUGAACAUAGUGAGGUAGUUGAGAAGAAAAAAAGAUUGCUUAUAAGAGGAGUGUUAUCCGUGACAGUAAUAUCCGCUGAAGACUUACCGCCUGCAGAUUUAUCGGGGAAAGCCGAUCCUUUUGUGGUACUCACUAUGAGGAAAACCCUAACCAAACACAAGACCACUGUUGUGUAUCAAAAUUUGAAUCCAAGUUGGGGUGAGACUUUUGACUUUGUUGUUGAGGAUGGUUUACGCGAUAUGCUUAUCGCAAACGUAUGGGAUCACGACACAUUUGGGAAGGACUUCAUGGGCAGAUGCAUUUUGACACUAACAAGAGUUUUACUAGAAGGAGAAUAUAAAGAUAGUUUUCAAGUUGAGAAUGCCAAAUCUGGAAAACUUGAAUUAAAUCUCAAAUGGUCAGCCCAACCGAUAAAUCGCAAAUCUUAGUGAUUUUACAUUUGUCGAAUUGCUACAAAAUAUCUAUCAAAACUUAUA